GGACUGUGCCUUGCCUGGCUUCGGGCGCCGCUGCAGCCUCAGCUGACCGAGAGGCGCCCGCACCACCGACGCCGCCGCCAGCCGCGCCGCCGCAGCCCCGGCCGUGAGCCCCGUGGCCAAGGGAGGCCGCCACCGGAGGCCCUGCUUGCGCCAUGGAAGAAACGCGGCGGAGGCAUUAAGGGCGCCUGCCAGGGAGCGAAGGCAAACGGGAAGAGAUGAGCGGCGGCGGCGGCGCUCCUUCGGGGCCGGGCUCCGGCUCAGCGCCCUGCCGCUUCGCCCACUACUUUGUGCUGUGCGGGAUCGACGCCGACAGCGGCUUGGAGCCGGAUGAAUUAGCAGUCUUAUACCAGUGGCUAGAAGCCGAUCGCCAUGGCAGGAAUUCAGAUACUGCAAAAAGAACAUCAGGAGAAAAUUUUGACCAGAGUCCCUUGAGAAGAACUUUCAAGUCAAAAGUCUUGGCUCACUAUCCCCAAAAUAUAGAAUGGAACCCCUUUGAUCAAGAUGCCGUCAACAUGCUAUGCAUGCCCAAAGGGCUAUCCUUCAGGACUCAAUCUGACCACAGAGAUCCCCAGUUCCAUUCGUUCAUCAUUACUCGGGAAGAUGGAUCCCGCACCUACGGAUUUGUACUCACAUUUUUUGAGGAGGUCACGAGCAAGCAGAUCUGCGCAGCCAUGCAAACGCUUUAUCAGAUGCACAACGCGGAGCAAUGCAACAGCGUCUGCGCCUCGUCGUCAUGCAGCAUGGACUCACUGGCCAGUAGCCUGGAUGAAGGAGACUCCACGUCCCUGGCCAAAAUGCAGCGCUGCAACUCGUACGACAUCAACAGGGACACGCUGUAUGUUUCCAAGUGUAUAUGUGUCAUUGCUCCCCUGCCUUUCAUGCAAGCCUGCAAGAAAUUCCUCAUCCAGCUUUACAAAGCGGUCACUUCUCAGCAACCUCCACCUUUGCCUCUGGAAAGCUAUAUACAUAACAUUCUUUAUGAAGUACCCCUUCCGCCCCCAGGAAGGUCACUCAAAUUCUAUGGGGUUUAUGAGCCUAUAGUCUGCCAGAGACCGGGCCCGAAUGAACUCCCCCUAUAUGACUAUGCUCUCCGGGAAGCCUUUGAGCUGCUGGGCUUGGAGAAUCUCAUUCAGGUGUUUACAUGUGUCCUCCUAGAAAUGCAGAUUCUUCUGUACUCUCAAGACUAUCAGCGUCUGAUGACGGUUGCGGAAGGGAUCACCACCCUGCUAUUCCCAUUCCAGUGGCAACACGUGUAUGUCCCCAUCCUUCCAGCCUCACUCCUACAUUUCCUGGAUGCUCCUGUACCUUACUUGAUGGGCCUCCAAUCUAAAGAGGGAACAGAUCGUUCUAAACUGGAACUUCCUCAAGAGGCCAACCUCUGUUUUGUGGAUAUUGAUAAUCACUUCAUUGAGCUACCAGAAGAGCUUCCUCAGUUUCCCAAUAAGCUGAAUUUCAUCCAGGAAAUCUCAGAGGUUCUCCUUCAGUUUGGAGUUCCCCUCGAGGGCCGGCAUCAUUGUAGUGAGAGUGCGGCCAAGUUAAAAAACCUUGUCCUUAAUGACUUGGCCAAUGACAAAAAGAACGGAAACGUGCCCAGCAACACCAUCAACGUCUAUGAGCUGCUCAAAGGCAAUGAGACAAUCGCUCGCCUCCACGCUUUGGCCAAGAGGACAGGAGUGGCAGUAGACAAAAUGGCGAUUACUGCUUCUUUGGCGGAAAAAGAAACAGAUGUUAAACGCCACUGUGAUGAACAGGAACUGAAGGACUACAAGCUGAAUGUCCAGCUCCGGGAGGUCUUUGCCAACCGCUUCACGCAGAUGUUUUCCGAUUAUGAGGCUUUUGUCAUUCAAGCGGCACAGGACAGGGAAUCCUGGCUGACCAACAGGGAACAGAUGCAAAAUUUUGACAAAGCUUCAUUUCUCUCGGAUCAACCAGAGCCUUACCUUCCUUUCCUCUCGCACUUCAUUGAAACCCAAAUGUUUGCAACAUUCAUUGACAAUAAAAUUAUGUCCCAAUGGGAGGAAAAAGAUCCAUUUCUGCGAGUGUUUGACUCUCGAAUUGAAAAAAUGAGACUCUAUAAUGUCAGGAUUCCCUCAUUAAGAACAUCGACAUACCAGAAAUGCACUACAUUAAAAGAAGCAGCUCAGGCAAUUGAACAACGGCUGAUAAAGAUGGAUCACACUGCAAUUCAUCCGCAUUUGCUUGAUAUGAAGAUAGGUCAAGGCAAAUACGAGCAAGGUUUCUUCCCCAAACUUCAAUCAGAUGUGUUGGCAGCUGGGCCUAUCAAUAACAAUCGGUGGGUGAGUCGCAGUACUACUGCCCAGCGGCGGAAAGAUCGUAUUCGACAACAUUCGGAACACAUUGCCCUGGACAAUGAGUUAAGGGAGAAAUACAUGCAAGAAGCAAGGACCCUGGGGAAAAAUCUCAGACAGCCCAAACUCUCUGAUCUUUCUCCUGCUGUAAUUGCUCAGACAAAUUCGAAAUUUGUGGAAGGUUUACUCAAAGAGUGUCGAAUGAAGACCAAACGUAUGCUAGUAGAGAAGAUGGGCCACGAAGCAGUGGAACUUGGCCAUGGAGAGGCCAACAUCACAGGGCUAGAAGAGAAUACACUGAUUGCUAGUCUUUGUGAUUUGCUGGAAAGAAUUUGGAGCCAUGGAUUACAGAACAAACAGGGGAAAUCUGCAUUGUGGUCCCAUUUAAUUCAGUACCAGGAAAGAGAAGAGAAGCAGGAGCAGUUUGCAGAAUCUCCAGUUGCUGUCGGACCAGAAAGAAGGAAAUCUGACACUGGUCUUAUGUUACCUAUUCUAAGAGUUUCACUUAUCAGUGAUAUGAGGCACAUUCAGAACAUGAGUGAAAUAAAAACUGAUGUGGGCCGGGCUCGGGCAUGGAUAAGACUGUCUCUUGAAAAGAAGCUCUUGUCUCAACAUCUGAAGCAGCUCCUCUCUAAUCAAGCUCUGGCAAAGAAACUGUACAAGCGGUAUGCCUUCCUGCGUUGUGAAGAAGAGCGGGAACAAUUUCUCUAUCACCUUCUUUCUCUCAAUGCUGUGAAUUACUUCUGCUUUACAAGUGUCUUUACUACCAUCAUGAUUCCAUACAGAACUGUGAUUAUCCCCAUCAAAAAGCUAAGCAACGUAAUCACGACAUCAAACCCUUGGAUUUGUGUUUCUGGAGAACUGGGCGAUACUGGCAUCAUGCAGAUUCCAAAGAACUUGCUAGAAAUGACCUUUGAGUGUCAAAACCUGGGGAAGCUAACCACUGUCCAGCUAGGACAUGACAAUUCAGGACUGUUAGCCAAGUGGCUCGUGGAUUGUGUCAUGGUCAGGAAUGAAAUCACUGGCCACACCUAUAAGUUUCCUUGUGGAAGAUGGUUGGGAAAAGGUGUUGAUGAUGGAAGCUUGGAGCGGAUACUCAUUGGAGAGUUAUUACCAUCAUCAUCAGAAGAAGAUUUGGGAAAACAGUGCCGGACUCCACCUCAACAGAAAUCCCCAACUAUGGCCCGGAAAUUGAGCAUCACUUCCCUCACUGGGAAGAAUAUAAAACCUAAUGCAGGUCAGAUCCAAGAAGGCAUAGGGGAAGCCGUGAACAAUAUUGUGAAACACUUCCAUAAGCCUGAAAAAGAGCGGGGAAGCCUUACCGUUCUUCUGUGUGGGGAAAAUGGCCUGGUGAUGGCUUUGGAGCAGGUUUUCCACCAUGGUUUCAAGUCCGCACGUAUCUUCCAUAAGAACGUCUUCAUUUGGGACUUCAUAGAAAAAGCUGUAGCCUAUUUUGAGAUGACUGACCAGAUUGAAGACAAUGAAGACAAUGUCCUUCUUCAAAAAUCCUCUCGCAAAACCUUUUGCCACUAUGUCACUGCCAUCAAUACUGCUCCGCGGAACAUAGGGAAGGAUGGCAAAUUCCAAAUUCUAGUUUGCUUUGGAACUCGGGAUCAUUUGCUCGCCCAGUGGAUUCCGUUACUGGCAGAAUGUCCCCUGCUCAGCCGCAUGUAUGAAGAAAAUGCUCUUCUGCGCGAUCGCAUGAUGGUCAACUCCCUCAUCCGAGUCUUACAGGCACUGCAGGACUUCAACAUUGUCUUGGAAGGGUCACUCAUCAAGGGGGUAGAUGUGUAACCUUGCAGACAACUUUUGUCUCUCCCUCUCACCCUUCUCUUCUUUCCUUGGCAAACGAAACGCACCAUGCCGGGAGAGGGCAGAAAUCUGUAAAAAUGCAAUUGUUGGUGAUCAUACCCCGCUCUGUUUAGAUCAGCUAGUUGGUAAAUGGGAAGUGGGCAUAACAAGACUCGGACACACGUGGUCUUCUUACUGAUCUGCCCCAACGCUGCAGAGGAGCUCAGUUGUAGUAUCAUAGUUUUCAAAUGAGAGGUUUUGUACAAAAGAGUAUUUUCAUGUGUUGAUUGUGUGUAAAUAGGCUAUCUUCCUUUAGAAAUGCUAAUUUUUUUCUUAGAAUUGGUGUUCUAGGGCCAGGGAUUUGGGGGUGGGGAGGAAUGUAGCUUAAAACAACUUUGUAGGGGAAGGGAGGAAGCAUUACUUGGGCAUAAGGUGGGGUGGGUGGGGAGAAGGAACCAGUUCAUGUUGUAAAUAUUGUACAAAUGUAGUGGGGGUGGGAGGAGGUUGUGUUGCAAAGGUAGCCACUGCUGAAUCUCUUGCGUGAGUCUACAUUGUUUGUUUGCCGCUUCCCUGUAUAUGUUGAUCUCUUGUUAUGCCAUUUACUGUAGAUUCAAACUUUUUUGUCUGUGCACUGAAUCAUCUCCAGGUCGUAGAGAUUCUGCAUCUUCCUGAUGGAUCUUGUCAAUCAGCUUAAGGAGUCAUGGGGGGAGGGUUGGAUUUAACCCUGAGCAAUCCCUGUACCACGAAGGAGAAGAUGUUUUAGAAAUGUUGCCACUGGAGAUGAUAACAAUGGAAGAAAAACAGUAUUAUAAUUGUGAUUGUUAAUUAUAUUUUCAAUUUCCUCCCCCUCCCCCCUUCCUCAUUUUGGGUUAAAAAUGCUUCUUCCAUAUUACUUUCUUAAAAGAACAGAAAGAAAACUUGGAAGGAAAUGUGAUGCUUUGCCAUCAGCAAUUUAGGUAGACUUCCUUCAAAUAAUUUUGGAUAGAUAAAGAUUGCAAUAAGCCAUGUUUCAUUUUAAUCCCAGUUUGUUGUACAAGUUUGAAUUAGCCUUGCAGAUGUGUAAAACAGGUUUGUUUUACCUGGUUUAUUUAUUUUGCUCUUCUUGCAUUGUGCUGAUUGAUUAGAUUUGGACAAAAACAAACCAAGAAUAAGCCAGGAAAAACCAUACCAUGCAGGCCUAUUAAUAUUCCAAACCACAAUAAGAGAGUAAUAAAAAUGUCCUAAAUUAACUACCAUUUAGUCCCCAAUACCACUUGCAUGUCAUGACAACCCAAAACCAAAACAUAAUGUCUUUGAGCAGUGUGUGAAUUCAGCCCAUAAACCCGUCUCUGUUCCCUCUCCUGUAUUUAGAAAAGUGGGCAAUUUGCACAUUGGUUUACUAUAUCGGAGGAUUUUCCUAUUUGAUGAUGUGUUCAUAUUCUGCUCACAGAUUCCCCACAUGAACAAGAACCUUGUUGCAAAAAUUGUAGAUAAGACCUGCCCACAUCUGGUUAUUAUGUAGAAAUGGCUUUCCAAGCAGAAAAGACUUAACUUUUAAAGCUGAUAGUUACAUUACUGUACCUGUGGGAUUUGGGAACUAGUUCUCCAUUGCUCCUUAACACCCAUUCAGAGAAGAUAAGGAACAUAUAGUCACUGGGGAAGCAAAGGUAGCACAGAAAAUGGAUUGAAAUUUCUCCCGUUAAUCCUAGCAUCCACAGGUUACCCUGGGAGGCAUAUUUAUACAAGUGCAUACAAUUCAUUUGCAAGGGGAUUUGGGAAUGUGAAACUGGCUUUUCAAGGCCAACAACUUCAAAUCCAGGGGGGUGGGGAUAAAAAAAAUCUCCACAUAGCUUCUGCAGAAAGAAAGCAAGAGUCCAAUUAUUCCUUACUAUGAAUUUUAUCCCAGUGAUCAGAAAGAGUUCAGUUAUUCCUUACUGUGAACUUUAUCCCAUUUAUCAGAAACUAGAUCCUGAAAUACAAGGAACCCCUACGUAAUAUUGAUGCACAGUAGGCUAUGACACAGCAUUGAUUCUAUAUUUAUUUGUCCAAUGAGUUAAGAUGCAAUCCUAAUUAAAGCUGAUGAGAAGGGUAUCCAUAGGAGUUACUUCCUUUUUCCUUACUCAUUAUGCGUACUAUACUUUUCAGUGAAGUUUUUGAAACUUCCGCUCUUGGCUUUAACCUUCCCUUAAGCAGAGAAAUAUUAUAAAUUGGCAUCCAGUCCCUCACCUGACCCGGAAGAGACAGACUUCGGACAGUGAUCUAUUUAAUCUCCAUUUUAGCUUUUUAUAUUUCUGGACCUUUUCUUGUUUAAGGCCUCAAAAAUGGCGAUUGAGGCCCUGAUGCAGAAAAGGAUCCAGGUGGAGAAAACGAAUAGAGAGGCUGUUAGAAAUACCGAUAACAUGUUUUGUUUUUUUGCAUGUUGCAAAACUGCCCCAAAGCUGGAUCCUAAGGCUUGUUUUCAAUAGUAUGGCAUUAAAAGAAAAGGCAGAUGCUAUUUGGGUGACUCCAUUCAUUUCAGAUGAACCAGGAGUGAGCUGGAUUGCUAAACAGAUUUCUGCCCCAUUUUUGCAUCCAUGGGUCUUGUUUGUAAAUCCUUUUCUGCUGAGAAGAUGUGAACAAUGUUAAAUGUGUUAUGCUCGAAAGUUACAGGUCUACCAACAUCUUCACUCGUAUGUCGUGCUCAGUAUCUUCUCUGAUAAUGUCGUUUUCUGUUUCACAGCAUAUGAAUGGUGUGCAAGGAACGUUAUGUACAGUAUAUUCUUUUUAGGCAAUAAAGUACUGUAUAACUAUGUAGUAUUAUUACAGCCUUGAGGUAUUUUUGAAGCAUGGGGUUGAGCUCUAAAUAGACUAGUCUGUUUGAUGACUUCAGAAGUGCAGUUUUUAGUGACUUCUUACCUAUAGUGUGCAACUUUUUUCCCCCUUUAAACAGGCAGCACUGAUCACUUGGGCCCAAGUGAUUUGGUCUGUCAAACAUUCAGAAAUCAUGAAGAGUUAGUUCUCAAAAUGGCGAAGGUCAUGCUUUUUAAAAUUUAAUGCAUCUUAUUCAUAUCAGUGUUAACCGGUUAUUCAUUUUUAGAAGCUGGAUAUUUAAAACUACCAAAGCUUUCUGUUAACUUACAAAAUAAAAGGAAGAACGCUAUGUUUUUUCUAGUAUUGCUAUGCUAGCAUAGUUUAAAAAAAAUAAUUGCCAGAGAAAAUUGAAUAUAAUUGAGAAAUGGAUUAAUAUGUAACCGUAAUGAAAUUCUUUUAAAUUGCAAAUUUUGCCACUGCAACCCAUUCACUCAAAAGUUAAGUUUCACUGUGUUAAAUGAGACUCUGAGUGAAGAAUUUCGGGUUUCUGCUGUUAAUUGCCUCUACUGAAUAUGUUUUAAGAAUAUGCUUGUGAUUAUUUCAUUGAUAUACACCCUCCUCCCCAAGCAAAUGUCUAUCACAUAAGGAAAUGUUGUAUGUUAAACUUGAAAUGUACAAAAUACCUGGUGUAGUUACUAAAUAUUUCAUUUUCCCCAACCAUUGUUUCUUCAGAAUAUGUUGCUAUUUUAUCUUUCACAUUAGCAGAUUAAUCAGGAUUGGAUAAUAUUCAGGAAAUGAAUAUUGGUUGAAAAGUAUUGUUAUUUCAAGCACUUUAGCAUACAUAUCACAGACUGAAGCGGGUUUGUUUUUCUCCAGAGUUUGGAUUAAAACGAAAUGCAGCUUUUCAAGCAAUGGUCUUUACAAAUAAAACUUGUGAG